AUGGCCGACAUGACGAAACCCGCUAAGAAGGCUUCGCCGGUCAAGAACGGCUACCUGAUCCUCUACAAUGCCAUCUCGGCCACGCUCUGGCUGACGGUGCUGGGCCGGGUCAUCGGCGCCAACGCCAUGCGCGGCCACCAGUACGCCUACCCGGCCGCGGGCGAGUUCUGCAAGUGGACGCAGACGCUGGCGGGCAUGGAGGUGCUUCACUCUCUACUCGGCAUCGUGCGCGCCCCCCUCUUCACGACCUUCAUGCAAGUCUUCAGCCGGUACGCGAUCGUAUGGGGCAUAACGGACCAGUUCCCGUCCCUAACCACGAGCCCGGCCUACAGCAGCAUGCUGGUGGCGUGGGCCACGACCGAGGUGAUCCGGUACUCGUACUUCGCGCUGACGCUGUCCGGGUGGCAGCCCAAGGCGCUGCACUGGCUGCGCUACCACGCCUUCUUCGUGCUGUACCCGCUCGGCAUCAGCAGCGAGGCCUGGCUGAUCUGGCGCGCCGUCGGGCCCGCGAGGGACGCCGGCAUGGAGCUGUACUCGUGGGUGCUUCUGGGCUAUGUGGUGCUGGUCUAUCCGCCUUCCGCUUACAUCCUGUACACGCACAUGAUGACCCAGCGACGAAAGGUUAUGAAGGUUUUGAAGGCCCAGAACGAAAAGGCUACGCAAUAG